CAAAAUGGGCUGGGCCGUGCCGAAGAUAGCCGAACAAGCACGGAGAUAAGACUCGCGUUGAUGAACGAAGCUACCACCUUUCUUUCUGAAGUUUGCUUCAUUUGUUGGUUGGAAGCGCUUCCAUCGCUGACCGUUAUUUUGAAUAUUGUGUGUAAUUGAACCUAAGUUCUGCAUUAUCAUUUAACGGUUUAUACGAAUACUCAGGUUAUAGGCCUAUUUACUUUUAUGUUUGAUUAACAAUUACCUUAAUUUUCAAUUACAAAGUAUAAUACGCAUUCUACGAGACAUUCGAGGAACACUGUUUCAUCAAUGACGGUGACGUCAAACAACAAGCAGGACGAGAGCCGCCAUUGAAGAUUUCGCUCCUCUUGCGGAAAUCAGAUACUGUAAUCGUGGAUUUUUGGAGGCAUCUCUUCACCAUCAAUUGCUUAACAUCUGCAUAAUAGUUCGCUUUAUAGUAAUCUGAUGGCUGAUACCGAUAAAUUGAACAUCGACAGUAUUAUAGCACGGUUAUUGGAAGUUCGAGGAGCCAGGCCGGGUAAGAAUGUUCAGUUGACUGAGAGCGAAAUCAGAGGCUUGUGUUUGAAGUCUCGUGAAAUUUUUCUCUCGCAACCUAUAUUGUUGGAGCUGGAAGCUCCCCUUAAAAUAUGCGGAGACAUUCACGGCCAGUAUUAUGACUUACUUCGACUCUUUGAGUAUGGAGGUUUCCCUCCAGAGUCAAAUUACCUCUUUCUUGGCGAUUAUGUAGAUCGAGGGAAGCAGUCUCUGGAAACAAUUUGUCUUCUGCUAGCAUAUAAGAUCAAAUACCCUGAAAAUUUCUUCUUGCUGCGAGGAAAUCAUGAAUGUGCCAGUAUCAACAGGAUAUAUGGGUUUUAUGAUGAAUGUAAAAGACGAUACAAUAUCAAACUUUGGAAGACAUUCACAGAUUGUUUCAACUGUCUGCCUGUAGCAGCAAUAGUUGAUGAAAAGAUAUUUUGUUGUCAUGGUGGUCUUAGCCCAGAUUUGCAGAGUAUGGAGCAGAUUCGCCGCAUCAUGCGGCCUACAGAUGUACCUGACCAGGGUCUUCUGUGUGAUCUUUUAUGGUCUGAUCCUGAUAAGGACACGAUGGGUUGGGGAGAGAAUGACAGAGGUGUCUCCUUCACAUUUGGUGCUGAAGUGGUAGCCAAAUUCUUACAUAAACACGAUUUUGAUCUUAUAUGUCGAGCACAUCAGGUUGUGGAGGAUGGUUAUGAAUUCUUUGCCAAACGGCAAUUGGUAACCCUUUUUUCUGCUCCCAACUAUUGUGGAGAGUUUGAUAAUGCUGGCGCCAUGAUGUCUGUGGAUGAAACCUUGAUGUGUUCGUUCCAGAUCCUUAAGCCUGCUGAUAAGCGCAAAUUCACCUAUGGUGGACUGAAUGCUGGUCGACCAGUCACUCCACCCCGCGGUGCCACCAACAAGAAUAAAAAGAAGUGAAGUAUUGAGUAGAGGGGUAAAAUUGAGCCAGUUCUGCAUCUAGUGGGUCUGUUGCCCACUCAGUCUGGGCUCUUUGCAGUUGUCAAAAAAAAAAGUAUAAAGUUAAAAGGAAAAAAAAACAUAAUGGAGGAUCCAUGAACUACAUUUCUUAAUACAGCAACAGUAUGAUUUGUGCUUAAUGAGAAAGGAAUAGUGCCCUUUUUGUAUUAUCAUUUUUUCCGGUGUAAUCUUUAUUUUUUAGAAAUUUUUUGAGAGAAGAAAAGUACAAACUUUUUUAUUGGUGGUCGCUUCAGUUAACCUUAAUUGUGAAUGUUUUUAGUGAGUGUAGUUCAGCUAAGAGGAAGUCAGGACAAUUUGGAAACUAUCUUGAUAUUCUCCGUCCUGUUUUGUUUGUUUGGUUUUCACCAGCUAUGGCAUGAAGAUUCAAUAUAAUUCAAUUAUGAAGAACGUUAGUGACUCGCAAUUCCACAAUUAAUUAUGAGGCUGCUUGUUGCAUCCUGAAUAUUUGUAGAUUAUGUACAUUAAGUUAAAUUUAAAAAAUUCUACCAGUACUCCCAUAUAUUUCAAGAAAACUUAAUGGAAAUUUGGUUUAUUUUUAACAAAAUAUUUACAUAUCAGUGUUUCUUUUUGUUUUUAUAGCCCAUGAAUCAUCAUUGUCGAGUUCGAGCCAUGAGGGUAUGCAUGUGUGGAUGGUUGACGCAGCUGAAACCACUGCUAGCAUUAGAUCAGCACAGUUAGGGCACAGAAUUGAAAAGUUGUACUGAAGUGAGAAUAGGACAGGUACAGUUUGUCAAACAAUUAAGUUUACUGUAAUACUGAGAUAUGUUAUAUUUGAAUUUAAUAAUAAUAAUAAUGACUUGGUGAAAGUGGUUGGUGCAAAAUGUUAACAAUUCUGGUCUUGUUCCCAUGAAUGUAAAUAACAUGUACAGGCAUUGUGAUAUGAUGGAUUGAAUAUACCUUAUCAUGAAAGAUAAUGUGCAUUGAUAUGUUUGCUACUCUGAAGGGUGUACAUGGGAGGGUCUGGUGGUGGUGAUCAUAGUCUCAUAACUUGUACUGCCAUUUCCAAUGUCUUUGAGGGGGACAUUGUUCGGUAUGCUUGUGUGUAUGUGAAUUAUGGCCUAAGUUUAAAGCAUUGAAUGAGUGAUAAACAAUAUCUUGCAAACUGAGAAGCUCAACAUCAUUGUGUGUGUGAACACAAUAUAUAAACAUAUAUAUAUAUACAUAAAACUUUAUCUCCCAUGUUUUGUAGUACAUGUGUGCAACUUGAGUUGACCUUGUGGGCUUUACCCAUCAAGUCUCACAAGGGGAAGGAAGACCAGGAUUUUGGAUUUUCUGUAGCGAGUUGGCAUUAUACUAAUUUGUGAAAGUUUGUUUUAAAUGGUAGUAUCUUGUGAGCAUGAUAAAAUGCAAAUUUUCAGCAAGACCCUUCACCAUGCAGAACAUUUGUUUUGAACAAUAAUGAUGUUCUGCAUGGUGCAAGCCAUGUACAUAUUAGAAGUAGAUGAGUAAGUUAUUUAUUGUAUUGUCACAAUGACUUGUGUUGAAGCGUCGUCCUGUUAAGGAAGGCUGUGGACAUUUCUAGCAUUUACCAGUAGUCUCAUUUUUAUCCAUGUCAAAAUAGCCAUGUCACUUUUUACAGACUCUGCUGAUGUAUAAAUAUGUCAAAUUCUUGUAGAAAUGGGUUCAAAAAUCCAUUAAUCGCCCAAAGGGUGUUUACCGAAGUUUCAUGUAAACUAAAGGGAAGAGAAUGAAAUGUUCAAGGGUCUAAUGAAUAUAUAUUUUUUUGUUAAUGUCCCUAAUCAAAAUAGUGUGAGUGGACUUGCUGUUAUAAAUCUGUGUAUGCUGUAUGAUUCUGCCAACCUAGAACAGAUUAGUCCAUUGAAAGAAGAGAGGACUCCUAUUUGCCUUGAUCUUCAUUCCUUCUGUUUUGUUAUCUUGCCAAACCUGAUGUAUACAUAGAGUACAAUGUGUAUUUGUGAAAAGUGAUGUACUUGUUAUUCUGUUUUCUUAUUGCAGACUUGCUCUAAGGGUUAUAAUCUGUAUAUAGUGCAAAUCUCUUAGAUGUUUCCUGCCCUAUCCUUCC